AAAACUUUAAAUCAAAGAGGAAAAUGGCAAACGAGUGGGGCCCAGACCGUCAUUCAUUCCGCAGUUCCAUCUCGGGAUAUGCUUUGCUCUAUCUGGCCUUCAAAAUCCUCGACUGCCUCAACAAUUCCAAUCUUCUCCAUAAUUCUUUGAUUCUUUUCCCCUUGCUGCCUGCGCAAUAUGGGUAUUGAUACGCUGUUCUUUCAAGAAUUGGCCUUUACUGUCGGACUAGCUCUCAUGAUCACUUUCUUGUUCUCCAAGUUCUUCUCCUCUGUUGUUGUCGAAGAAGACAGGAACAUGAGCUUCUGUUGCGGGGGUGCGAAUCGAAAAGCAGCUUCAAAUCGACCAAUGAACGGUGGGGAGAUGAGAAUUCAACAUGGCGUAAACAAGUCGGUGCAAUUUGGUGAUCGUGUAAAGGAAGAGCGUGGGGUAUUUGAGAAUUCUGGAGUAGAAGAUGAGGCAGUAAAAGUAGGGGAAGAGUUGGGAAAAGAUCAAGAAAGUAUUUUGGGGUGUGAUGGAAUGAAGCAGAAAGUGUUUGAUGAAAGUCCCGUGAGAGAGAAUUUUGAAGUGGAAGAUGAUGAGGCAGUAAAAGUAGCGGAGGAGGAGUUGGGAAAAGAUGAAGAAAAUCUCUUGGGGUGUGAUGAAAGUGGCGUGAGAACAAAGUCUCGCGAAAUCGAAGUAGAAUUCGUGGAUUCUGGGGAAAUUGGGAUUGAAUUUGGUGAGAGGGAAGGAGUGGGAAAGGCACCCAAAAAGAUGGAAAAUGAGGAUAAUGAUGGGGUGUUUGAUGAUUGGGAGGAUGUAGAAAGAACAGAACUGGAAAAGAGCUUUGAUGCUGCAGUGGUGUUUGUGGAUUCUAAUGCAAAUUCUGACCAAUUUGACAAUGAUUUCAAAAUGCAGCUUUAUGGCCUUCACAAGAUUGCCACUGAUGGACCUUGCUCCACUGCUCAGCCCAUGGCUCUCAAGGUUUCAGCUCGUGCAAAAUGGACUGCUUGGCAUAGCCUAGGGGACAUUAGCAGGGAGGAAGCCAUGGAACAGUAUAUUGCUCUUCUGUCAAGUGGCAUUACUGAUUGGAAGAAUGAGCUGUGACAGUCAUUCAUGAUGGUGCCACUUGGCGACGAAGGUUGAUUCCUCCAUAAAUCCAAAGCUUUCGCCGUUUGUAAACGCCUGCAUCAGCCAUCCUUUCCUCUGGUUAUUUUAGGGUUUAAAGCUCAGACAUGGCAGACAUGUCUAAUGUAUAUAUAUAUAUGGCAGUAUAUUAUGUUAUCUAUGAAUAAUCAUUUAUCAACAUGAAGUUGGUGAGCUAUCUGUUUGCUAAGAGUAUGAAUUAUAUCAAUGAAGCUCCUGAUGAAGGAUUAGUAUUUCUUAA